CAGUUCUUCUUCCUCUCUUCUCUUCUGCUAACCUUACACUAUCUUCUGUUUCUCUUGUGUAAAUUUCUAAGUGUCUUCAUUUUUCUGUACCUUACAACACACACACACACACACACACACACACACACACACACACACACAGUCUUGAGUCAUAUACUCUCCACAUAGGCUAAUCUCACACAUCACAAUUCUCACAUUUGUCUGAUUACAGCACAGACACACACUUUUACCCACUAGCUCUCCCCACCACACACACUGGUACACACCCUCAGCCCUCUCUCUCUCUUUUCUCCCUCCCAGUUAUUCACAUUCUCUCUCUCCCUCAGUCCUCAUCUGCACCUCAGCACAGUAACAUGUUGCCUCGUCGCAGCCACAGUGCCAAGCUAAACAGAGGCUGCCUGCUCUUUGUCUGACUGACCAAACAUACAGAGCAAACAAGAAGGAGAAGCAAGGAAAGGGAACUGAAGUCUCAUCUCUCCUUUUCGGUGUCUGACCACUUUCUCUGAGAGGAAGAGGUGGAGGUGGAGGAGAAGGAGGAAGAUCCGUUUUCACACUGUCCUGACUCUUCUAAAGCAGAAGGAGCGGCAGAGGAUGCAAGGGAAACCGGAGGUGCUGAAAAGUUGGCUCUCUUCCACUCAGCUGUCCAUCCAUCGCACACAGCUGACCAAACUUUUUUAAACGAAGAGGAGGAGGAGGAAGAGGAGGAGGAGGUGGACGAAGAAAGGGAGUGAAGGCAUCCCUCACCCCGGUCACUUUUGUGUGCACGUGUUUUGGUCAGUAAGAAAGCCGGACCGUCCUUCCAGAGGCAGCUACCCAUGUGGCAAGAGGCUCUGAGGACCCGCGGACGCUACCUGCUGGAGAAGAGCGAUGGCGGGGAGGGUGCCGAGGGGCCCGAGAGCCUGGGAGACGGGUGCCCGGGGUUCCAGGGUGAGGUGUGCGUGGAGGGCGAGAAGCCUCAGGACUGGCUGUACGAGUCCUACUACAGAAUGAGCCAGCAGCAUCCGCUGAUCGUGUUCCUGCUGCUGAUCGUCAUGGGAACCUGCCUCGCACUGCUGGCGGUGUUCUUCGCUUCAGGACUGAAUACAGAGGACCACUUGACGUUCUUGAUAACGGUUCCCGCUGCUCUCUUCCUCUUCCUGUCCAUCUUCAUCCUUGUCUGCAUUGAGUCGGUCUUCAAACGGAUGCUCCGCCUAUUCUCUCUCCUUAUAUGGGCCUGUCUGGUCACCAUGGGUUACCUGUUCAUGUUCUCAGGAGGGAUACUCAGCCCCUGGGACCAGGUGUCCUUCUUCCUGUUCAUCGUGUUUGUCGUCUACACCAUGCUGCCCUUCUCCAUGAGAGGGGCCAUUAUCGCCAGCACCAUCACCUGCUUCUCGCACACUGUCGCCCUCAGCGUCUGUCUGGCCUCCACCGUCCCAGAACUGGAACCUCUAGUCUGGCAGAUUUUAGCCAAUGUGAUCAUCUUCACCUGUGGUAACCUGGCCGGGGCGUACCACAAACAUCUGAUGGACCUGGCUCUCAAACAGACCUACCAAGACACCUGCAACUGCAUCAAGUCCCCCAUUAAACUAGAGUUUGAGAAACACCAACAGGAGCGUUUACUGUUAUCCUUACUGCCGGCUCACAUAGCCAGGGUGAUGAAAGCCGAGAUCAUCCAGAGGCUGCAGGGACCCAACUUUGGUCGAACUGAGAGCACCAACAACUUCCACAACCUCUAUGUGCAGCGGCACACCAAUGUCAGCAUUCUGUAUGCCGACAUUGUGGGCUUCACCAGGCUCGCCAGUGACUGCUCCCCAGGUGAACUUGUGCAUAUGCUAAAUGAACUCUUUGGCAAGUUUGACCAGAUUGCAAAGGAGAACGAGUGUAUGCGAAUCAAGAUCCUGGGAGAUUGUUACUACUGUGUCUCUGGUCUGCCUGAGUCGCUGCCUCACCACGCCAGGAACUGCGUGAAGAUGGGCUUGGAUAUGUGUGAGGCCAUCAAGAAGGUCCGAGAUGCCACUGGAGUCGAUAUCAACAUGCGUGUUGGUGUUCAUUCUGGGAAUGUCCUGUGUGGUGUCAUUGGCCUCCGGAAGUGGCAGUAUGAUGUGUGGUCACAUGAUGUAACGUUAGCCAAUCAUAUGGAGGCAGGAGGUGUGCCAGGGAGGGUCCACAUCUCUUCCGUGACAUUGGAGCAUUUGAAGGGCUGGUAUAAGGUGGAACCUGGCGACGGGCAGAGCCGAGACUCCUACCUGAAAGAACAUGGAGUGGUCACCUUCCUGGUCAUCAACCCCAAGACUGAGAGGCACAGCCCUCUGUUGGGUGUGCGCUCUCGUCCCUCUCUGGACGGUGGAAAGAUGAGGGCGUCUGUCAGAAUGACCCGAUACCUGGAGUCCUGGGGCGCUGCCAAGCCCUUCGCCAACCUCCACCAUCGAGACAGCAUGACCACAGACAAUGGCAAGAUCAACACAACCGACGUUCCAAUGGGGCAGUACCACUUCCAGAGGCGAGAGAGGUCCAAAUCUCAAAGGAGGAGGUUUGAGGAGGAACUCAAUGAGCGAAUGAUUCGCACCAUCGAUGGCAUCAACUCGCAGAAACAGUGGCUGAAGUCUGAGGACAUCCAGAGGAUCUCAUUGUUCUUCCACAACAAAGCUCUGGAGAAAGAGUACAGAUCCACAACAUUACCAGCCUUCAAGUACUAUGUCACCUGUGCCUGCCUCAUAUUCUGCUGUAUAUUCAUAGUGCAGGUCCUCCUCUUGCCCAAAACUGCUGUGCUGGGGAUCUCCUUUGGCCUGGCAUUCCUGCUGUUGGCUUUGAUCCUGCUCCUUUGCUUCGCUGGUCACAUUCUGCAGGGAAGGAAGGGGUCCUUCUGCUCUCUGACCUGGUUCCCCACUUCCUCCCGCAUCAUCGUCACCAAUAAUCCCUGGCUGCGACUGGUCCUCACCAUGACGACCACUGCUCUCAUACUGGUGAUGGCCGUCUUCAAUAUGUUCUUCGUGGAGGAUCCUGGAGGAUCCUUGGAAAAUGUCUUGACAACUACUCCACCUGAAGUCCUGAUAACCACUCCACCUGUGAAUCUAACUAAUGACAGCCUGUUGGACAACCCGGGAGAAAAGACAGGAGAAAACAAGAUUUAUCUGCCAUACUUCAUCUACUGCUGUAUACUGGGCCUGGUGUCAUGCUCCGUGUUCCUGAGGAUCAACUAUGAGCUGAAGAUGGUGGUGAUGCUGGUUGCCGUGGUGAUCUACAACAUUAUCAUCCUCCAGACACAUGCCUCCCUGCUAGAUGGAUUUAGCAAAGCGCUGUACCCCACCGAUACGCUUGAUAGACCAGGAGUGCUGAAGGAUCUAAAGACGAUGGGCUCUGUGUCUCUUUUCAUCUUCUUCAUCACCCUACUGGUAUUAGCCAGGCAGAAUGAAUAUUACUGUAGGUUGGACUUCCUGUGGAGGGACAAAUUCAAGAGGGAGUGUGAGGAGAUCGAAACCAUGGAGAACCUCAACCGGGUUCUGCUGGAGAACGUCUUACCCGCUCACGUCGCCGAACACUUCCUGGGACGCAACUGGAAAAACGAGGACCUUUAUCAUCAGUCAUACGAGUCGGUGUGUGUGAUGUUCGCCUCCAUCCCAGACUUCAAAGAGUUUUAUACUGAGUCUGAUGUCAAUAAGGAAGGACUGGAGUGCCUCCGUCUUCUCAACGAGAUCAUAGCAGACUUUGAUGAGCUGCUGUCCAAACCUAAGUUCAGCGGAGUGGAGAAGAUAAAGACCAUCGGUAGCACCUACAUGGCUGCAACUGGACUCAAUGUGACACCAGGACCAGAGUGCGCACAGGAACAUGACAGACAGUACAUGCACAUUGGCACCAUGGUGGAGUUUGCCUUUGCUCUUGUAGGGAAGCUAGAUGUCAUCAACAAACACUCCUUCAAUGACUUCCGACUCAGAAUUGGGAUAAACCAUGGGCCAGUGAUUGCAGGGGUUAUUGGGGCCCAGAAACCUCAGUAUGACAUCUGGGGAAACAGUGUGAAUGUGGCCAGUAGGAUGGAGACUACUGGGGUACUGGGAAAAAUACAGGUAACAGAGGAGACAAGUCAUAUCUUGUCAACACUAGGGUACAUGUGUUCAUGUCGAGGCAUCAUCAACGUGAAGGGCAAAGGAGAGCUGAAGACCUACUUUGUUCACACAGAGAUGACCCGAUCUCUGUCACAAGGGACCGUGAUGCCUUGAGCAUGCCACACUGACCGAACAAGUAAGACUUGAGAACACAAUCACACACACAAAGUGGCUGUAGACUUGCUCCGUCAUGCUCCGUAACUAAAACCCAUUACCACAAGCCAGCAGUACAAUGGAUAGACAGUUGUUGAGAACCAGUUUUCUCCUUAGCAACACAAUGUAGUGCACCGCCACAGUCCUUCAACACUGCAUUUCGGAUGGUUUUCACAUCUCAAGUGUAACAAGGACUUUGCUCCACGGAGUCUCUUCACUGUCUAAAGGAGUACCUGACUAAAGAGAGGUUUGCUAAAUUAGUGCAGCUCUCGAGGACCGCAGUCACCGUCUGUACAAUAGUAGUGGUGUGGAGCUAAUUACCCAUGCCGGUGUUGCAGUGCUUCAGAGCCUUAUACUUGAGCAAACUGAGCUGCCUGCCAAGUUAUGUUUUAUAUCUGCCUGGUUGGAACUGUGAGCCGGUUUGCUCCAUUUUAUUCCAAAUGGAUGUUACAAUAGUUUAUUGUCAUAUAGAGCAGUUGAUGCCAACAAAUCAGCAGUGCAAUGGGUAGUUUGCCAAAACCUGUGAAUUGUAUUUAUAGCUUUAGAGCUGCGUUUGUGUCCCACUGAAGAGUAGGUGGACUCAGGCACAGGAUUCAAGAGGAAAGUAGAGGUUUCUUUUUUAUAAUUCAUCUGGAACCAAACCAACAGCAAUGUGUGUAAAUGUUCACUGCCAUCCUUUUGUUAUUCAUUAAACAUUUGUAUAGAAAUUGA